CGUCCCACCCACUACUGUCAUUCAAGUAAACAAUACGGAAGUUACCCAGAACUCUGCCUGUCAACAAGAAAGACGACAGAAAGGUUCAGUCUUCCCGAACAACAUAUCAGCAACGAUGGGGCUGCUCAGCGAGACUGACUGAGGCAUCUGGCCUAGAUGUUUGACCAUUCUACUUUCCUUUUCCCCGUUUUGAUUUAUUUUUAAUGAACACUCACGUUUGUGAGGAACACCAUCAACAGAAUGACUUACUCUUUGAAACUUUUUGUCAUCAACAUUUUGUUGGUUUCUGCCUUCUGCAGCCUGGAGCUGGCCUCCACUACUGCUCAUUGUGCACGAUUUCCUCAAGUCCUGGAAGCUGCGAGGGGAGAGAUCCGAAGCUCCUCCCACUACAGCUUGUCCUACCGGCCCAGGCCUUUAGACAAUACUUGGAUUAUCAAGGCCCGCGUAGGAGAUCCCGUCAUCCUCAGCUUCUCCCAGUUUUCCACACGAUGUAAGAAGGAAUGGGUCUCUGUGACAUCAUCCACCGGGAAGCCCAUUGUUCUCUGUGGUUCCAACCUGCCCAAGCCCAUGGAGUUGACAGGGGGAAACAUUAACGUGACCCACCACUUCCUGCCACACUUAUUCCCGGUUUCUACAUUCCGUCUGAGCUAUGUGAGAGACACGGGCGACUGUCCGGUCGUGGACUUUGAAUGUUUGGGCGGGCGCUGUCUUCCCCUGUCGUGGCGCUGUAACGGGCGGGUGGAGUGUCUGAGUGAAGGGGCGGAGCUGGGUACGGACGAGAAGGACUGCGACGAGGAGCUCGGUAUCCUCCAGCUGGGUCCUGAGCGCAACCGAGCGGCUGCCGGCCCCACCACGCCGGACACCGGGGGGUGGGGGGACGGACGCUGGGACUGGGAUUUGGUGGCAAAGGCCACCGCCAAGACGGCCGAGGAGGAGGCAGAAGGAGACGGGGACCACACGGCGCAGCCGGCCAAUACUUUGGAGAACCUCUGGGGCUCUCGUCUCCAUGGGCCCCCGAGCCCCCAGCCUCACCGAGCCCACCCCAGCCCCGGCGUGACCCGCACCCCCGUCGAGUGGCCCUGCGGAGGCCUCCUGCAGUCUUUCUACGGGACCUUUUCCCCUCCUCCCAUCAGGGGCCCAGCUAUGCUCUGUGUAUGGACCAUGGACCCCCGGGACCCCAGGCCUUUGAAUCUGGACCUGCAGCAGGUGGAGCUGGGCCCGGGGGACACGCUCACCAUAACCAGUCGGCAGCAGGGCACCGGGGACCUCAUCAGAACUAUCACCAGCUCAUCCAAUUACAAGACCAUCCAGGUGGCGUCCCGGACCGGCCUCCUCUCCCUGACCUAUCACACCCUCCCUGGCUCGGAGGGGCAGGGCUUCAACGCCACCUACCGCGUGGGUGGCUACUGCCCCCCCUGGGAGGGUAGGUGCGGGGGCGCGGCCGGGGGCUGCUACACCCAGGAGCAGAGGUGUGACGGCCACUGGGACUGCACGGAGACGGGCCGCGACGAGGCGGGCUGCCGGGGCUGCCCGUGGGACCAGUACGCCUGCGGAGGGGUCGGGCAACGGGCGGUGCUGGGAGGGCAUAACUUCAUCGGGCGCCCGGUGUGCUUCCCCGCCAAGGAGCGUUGCAACUACCAGCUGUACUGUGCCGACGGGAGUGAUGAGAGAGAAUGCACCAUCUGUCAGCCUGGCACCUUCCACUGUGACAGUGACAGGUGUGUGUUUGAGAGCUGGCGCUGCGACGGCCAGGUGGACUGCAAGGACGGAACCGACGAGCUGAACUGCACCGUGACCCUGCCUCGCAAGGUCAUCACCGCGGCAACGGUGGGCAGCCUGGUCUGUGGUCUGCUGCUGGUCAUCGCCAUGGGCUGCACCUGCAAGCUGUACUCGCUCCGCACCCGAGAGUACAGCAUGUUUGCUCCAAUCAGUCGCCAGGAGGCGGAGCUAAUCCAGCAGCAGGCCCCUCCCUCAUAUGGUCAGCUGAUCGCCCAGGGCAUCAUCCCUCCAGUGGAGGACUUCCCUACGGAGAACCCCAACGAGUCUUCCUCUCUCUCCCUGAGAGGCAUCCUUCAACUCCUCCGACAAGACACAGCCAGCUCGCCGCGUCGCAGACGCCGGCCCCGAUUCGUCCGCCGGGCUGUCCGUCGCAUGCGGAGGUGGGGCCUGAUUCCCCGAUCCACCCCCCGGCCCUCUCAGCCAUCCGGCUCCUCCCCCCAGCAGACAGGCACCUCCGCCGGGGCGGAGCCCAGCCAGUCAACUCCCAACGCCUCGUCGGCUGUGGAAGCCGUCAAUCUGCCGUUGCCACAGAAACUAGGCCUGCUCCCGCAGACGCCACCCCCCUCCCUUCCUCCGCCGCCGCCCCCCGUGUCCACCCCUGUCCCCCCCCAGAGCCCCCCUGUGACCGUGCCCCCCGCCCCCAGCAGUCCCUCCUUAGCCUCCAUCUUCCAAUCCCUGGGGCUAAGUAUCUCCCGCUUCCGUGCGUCCCCCUCCUCCUCAUCCCCCAGCAACUCCCUGCCACUCUCCGCCUCCCCCUCUUUCUCCUCCUCAUCGGAGGACGAGGUGCUGCUCAUCGCUCUCUCUGAGGACACGACCUCGGAGGACGAUGUCCCCCUGCUUACACUUGAUCCCUGACCUUUUCCUGCCACGCCCACCACCCCUACCCUAAAUUAUGAGUCAGGCACAGGAGCACCGCAGCCCCCCCAUCCCUCCCGGGUCCUGUGCUGCUCUGGUGCCUUGGAAUUGGUUGGUGUAAUUGACCACAGGAGUCUGGUGUUUAAUGCUUCUAUGUUAUUGAGUGUGGGACCUCCUUGAGAAAUGUGUGUGUGUGUGUGUGUGAGUGUGUAUUGGACGUGCACCUUUUGAGACUGAACUUUGCACAGAGUGCCCACCUCACAUUCACGUGCCUUAUUGAAGUGACUAGAUUGGAAUGAUUACACACCGUUGAGCCACACCCAGAAAGAUGUGUGUAGAUGUAUGCCGGCAGCAGCUCUGUAUGCAGAUGUAUAUGCACCUUCUCUCACACACACACACACACGCGCACGCGCCAACACACACCGUCUAUAUUGAUUCUUCAUUAAUCAUGCAUGUGAAGCGGGCGGUUGGUUUAGGUGUCGUCCUGAUCAGUGGAUGGCUUAACUGGCAUUUGUGCCGUCUGUGUGUAAUCAUUUUAAUCUAGGAUUGUGUAUAGUUGUGUGUGUGUGUGUGUGCGUGUGUGUGCGUGUGCGUGCGUGCACUUAGUGUGUUGCAGGUAUGACGUAUAAAUGAAAGUAGUUCUGUAGUACACUUGUCUCGACUCACAACCAGACAAUCUCUCUUGGUUUGGCUAGACCAGUGUAGUGCUCAGUGGCACACAGAAAGCCUUAGGGGCCAUAUAAAGUCACAAACUGACUUGAAUCCUUCCCCCCUUGUAAUUGGAUCCCACUCUACCACGCUUUGGCACAGAGGACACAUAGCAAGUCAAGCAAUUCUUUUUUUUUUUUUUUAGAGUGCCAUAUGUACUUUAUAUAUAUUUUUGUUUGUUUUAUUGUUUAGCUUUUAUCCUUCAGAGAUGUUCUUACAUUGUGUUCCUUUUAGAUUUCUUCUGUUUGCCUGGUUGUACUGAAUGUAUUGGCUUAAUUAUGGAGUGGUUGGAUGAGGAUGUUGUUUAAAACAUACAAUGUAAUGAGAUGGUUGGAGAAAGUGAUUUUACUAGGGUCUUUUUCACUGUACAUAGGCAGAGAAGUGGACAGAUCCACAGAGAUUAAACAAUUUGCACUUUUA